AAAAGGUUGGGGACAUAUUCUCUAAACAUCAGAAGUGAAAGCAUAGGGAAGUUUAGGUUUUUGGUGCUAGGAAAUGAAUCACUGAGCAAAUCAGAAACAGUGACCAGUCUGUAUUUAUUCUCAUUGAUGGCAGAAGCCAACCCCUAAUGGCUUCCAGUUGUAACUAUUGCCAGAGUUGCUUGCAACAAGUAUUGAAGUGGACACGCACUUUCAUUGUUUCUUAUAGAAAGGCAAAGAGAUUUGCAGACAUGUAGUCAAUGCAUGUGACUCCAGCAUAAGGAAUUUCCCUUCCGCUGAGCUGAAACUCCAUUUCUUCAUCUGUAUCCUUUAGAGCCCACACGCAGAGGAGCUACUUCUCUAUUCCUAUAACCUCUUACAACACACAGGAAAGACUGAUACUCAAGUUCCCACCCGUGUCUGUGUAGCCUCCAUGCACUGCUCACGAGUCGGCUACAGCAACAACACAGCAACAUGGAUCCAGAUUAUUGGUAAUGGGCAACCUAUCUUCCUUCUACCUGAAACAGAACUCUGAUGAUGAUGAUGGGGUGUCCCAGUGCUACCCGGUGGCUGCAAGUCUUUGUUUACUCUCUUUUCUCUGUUCAGUUCAUUCAAGGGUCUGCACUGUUGAACUCUUUAAACUGUUUCAAUGACUACAGUACUCACUGGAAGUGUGAAUGGAAAGAAAGUGCAGAGGCUCAAAAACGUCUUCCCAUGACCCUCUAUGCAUGGAACACCAUAGACAGCAACAGAAAACCCUGUGUCCGGUCACAGGAAAAUGAAGGUCCAGAACUGAGAAUGAGCUGUAUUCUGUACAAUUCAGAAUUUUUCAUCCACAUGAAGAACAGUUUCACCUUCCUCCCUGAAAGAGAUGUGCAUCAAAAGAUCACCAUCAUACCUGCCAACAAUGUCAGGACGCCCCCUCCACGAUGGCUUAUGAGCGACAAGUUGAAAGAUGGAACAGUCAUUCUGAGCUGGAAGAGCCCUGUCCCCUCCACCUUCCACCUGACUAUGCUCUACCAGAUUGCAUACCGAAGGCAGGACUGGGAGGGGUGGAAGGAUUCAGCUUCUAUUAAUGUGACGAAGGAACUGAAUGUGAGUCUCAGUCCCAGACUGUUUGUAUCAGGGAGCACAUAUAUUUUCAGAGUUCGUACUCUGCCCCAUGAUGGAGAGCAACCCAAGGGUUCCUGGAGCAAAUGGAGUAAAGAGCUAACAAUGAAAAUCCCUGAAGGUGAUGCUGCAGCCCCUCGAAACCUGCAGUGUAACUACAAUGGCUUGACAAAGAUGAGUUGCACUUGGGAGGUGCACAAAGAGGUCACCCUAUCGGUUUCCUAUGCUCUGUACUACACAGAGUUGCCUGCAGGGCGGAAGAACAUGUGUUUGCCAAAUAAAAAGGCCAGAACUAAAGCUCGUGUGCCCUAUGUAAUAUACAACUGUACAAUGGAUCUUACCCCUGAACAAGUACAAAGAUCAUUUUCUAUUCAAGUCAGACCCAUGGAGGAAGAGAAGACAUUCAUAUCCCAUGAGACUGUCAAGCCUCAGCCUCCAAAAAACCUAAAAAUAGAGGAGCAUUCAGACUCUGCGUAUAUGUUGAGAUGGAACUCUUCACAGCCAAACAUGAUACAAGUAACACACCAGCUUUGUUACUGGAAGGAGGGUGAUCCAGAGUGCCCUUCAUUUUCUUUGCUUAAUGUCUCUGAUAAUGUUUCUGAGUAUAACAUACUGAGCUCCAACCUCAAGGAAUUGAGUAAAUAUGUAGCCAAAGUUCGAUCAAGAAGUGAUGGGGUCUACAGAGGUCCCUGGAGUGAAUGGAGCCAAACAAUUACCUGGGAGACUAAAAAAGUUGCAGACAACCAGAUCAUAAUCAUUGUGACACCAAUAUGUGUUUCGUUGCUGUUGGUUUCUUUGUGUAUUGGCUAUAAACUCAAGAGAUCCCAGGAAAGGUGGGAAAUCUCAUUACCUAACCCCAGCAAGAGCAAGCUUCUAAGCAAUUAUCAGUUGGGGUUCUGGCAGCCUGGUGAAUUUACAUAUUUCACUGAAGAAUACUCUGCUGAUGACGAGAGCCCUUGCAUCUGCUUCCCUCAAAGCAGUCAGGCACUAAAAGCUUGGGAGACAGAAGAAAAUGCAGAAGAGAUAGCAUUAAAGGCCAAUAGCACCCAACUUGAAGCAUGUCCUGUUCCUCCACCUAAAGACGACAAGGCAGAGGACCAGCACUCUAUACAAGAUGAGAGUGAUGCUGGUGAAACACAUAACUCCACUGGGUUGCCUCAUAACCCUCCAGCAGAACAAGCAACCAAACUGCAACAUAAAAGUCCUUACCUGAUGUUUAAUCAUGCUCAUUCAAUGUCAGAUUUGAUAGGCACGAAAAUACAGAACUCUGAAUAUUUUACUCUUCCAAGACCCAAAGGUGAACGUUUUGGUGAGCCCUCCAAAUCGGCACCAACUUGCAGGCCUCUGUCUGCUCAGGAACCGCAGGGUUAUGUAUUUGGGAUGGGAGCACAGCAAUCCUUUCAGCCACAAGAAAUGCAGGUUCAGAAGGCAACCAAGGCACAAUGUAACAGUUGUAUUGCUGUUUCCUCACCCUCAGACUCCCAUGCACCCAUGGAAGGACCAAUUCUGGUAAUAACGCCAGAUGGUACAGGGCCACUGAUGCUGAAGCAGAUAGGAGAUUAUUGCUUUUUCCCAGGACUCAAGGGAAGCCAGGAGAAGUUAGAAGUAAAGAAGGCACAACCCAACGGGCAUGAGGAGCAGCAGAUAAUUCAAGACGUACCUCCGCAUGCUGUAAAAGCAUUUAAAGUUAUGCAACGAGGUUACUUUGCUUUGCCACAAAGCUGAAGCCUUCACCGUAUUAAAUCAAUGCACAUGCAGAACUUAUAUAGGCAGCUCCUAUUACUUUGUUAUAUCCAGAAAUAUAUUUGUCAAAUAGCAUGUACCACAGGCAUAUUUGUUUUACAAGAACAUUGCAUACAGUAUAAAGGAAUUAGGGUGCUCCAAAACAUCGCAGAUAUAACCUGCUAUUUCCUUGCAUGGACUAACUGAACUGUUUCACAUAUAAAUGCUUCUUAGUAACAUCCUAAAUAUAGACCAGACUGGUGUAAGAGAUUUCAGGUGCUAUCGGUGCUAAGGAUACUAGUGCAAUGCAAUUCUCCUCUUUAUGUAUAUAAAAAAACAGCUAUGCAUAGCUUUGCAAAAUGUAUAUAUUAAAGUUUUUGUUGUAGCAAA